AUGUCAUCGAAACGCAGUCUCUCUCCGUCAGACUCGGAUGGAUACUCCAAACGCCGCAGGCUCGGCGGGACACAGCACAAGGAUACUUCAGAUGGCACUGUCUCUGUCGACAUGCUCGAGGACCAGGACGACGAGGCCGUGGCUGUCAAAUCUCUUGCGCCUACACAUCACGCCAACGCAAGGGCCGGCAUUCAACGGUCAAUAGCUUUGGUUUUGAAACAUGACGGCUUUUUGUCCGCGACGCCCGACGCCAUGGAGAGCUUCACAGCCCUUGUCGAGACAUAUCUUGUGUCUGUCAUCGAGGAGACCAAAAGAAUGGCUCUCUCUUCCCGCCGUGACCACCCCGUUCCCAAGGACUUCGAAGCUGUUUUACGGAGAUUUAACCUGCCAAUUUCAUCACUCAAACCCCAUCUCAAGAAUCCACUGCCAGCCGAAGCCUACACACCAAGGUACAAAAGCGUCCACGUGGCCGACGACGAUGCAUAUACAACUCUCCCUCUCCUUGGUCCCGAGCUCAGUGGCCAACCCGACAAACAAGCAAAGAGUUACAUUCCAUCAAACUUCCCUGACUUUCCUAGCCGCCACACCUACAAGUUUACGCCACAAGAGGACACGAAUGCGAGAGACGCCCAGAAGAUCCGAGAAGAAGCGGCCAGAACAGCGCAGCAAGGCGAAGACGCCCUGCGUCGGUUAGUUCGGGCCUCCAAGAUGCGCAAGCAGAAGGAGGCCAAGAAUUUGGUUGAGAAGGAUGUACAAGGCAAGGAACGGUUUCGGCUCUGGGAAUUAACCAUGAAACGCUUUAUGGGAGCUGACAAUCGUGGGGAAAACACGGACAAUGUUGAUAUUGCUGAUCAUAGCAUGAUCGUCAAUGGAGACGCUGUGUUUUCGCGAAAGGAGGUUUCUCGGAUGGGCAAGCGAUUGACGGUAUUGUCUUCCAAAGGGAAUUAA